UAGUGGGGGGGUCGCUCGGUGGCGGUCGCCAUGCUGUUUCCCACCCCCUCAGUCCCCCCCUCCUUCUCUUAAGUCCGUAGCCAUAGCAUUCCGGCUAGCCGUGCACUCUACCCCGCCUACCAGAGGACAAGCUCCGGGAUUCCUGACAGGAUUCCCAGGCGGUCAAACCCCUGGAGGGUCCAUGCAUGCGGCACCCCGGAGCUGUGCCGCCCCCCUGGCUGGGGGACUCCGGGAAUCCGCGCUCGGCGCUUGUUCUUAAUGUUUAAGCUAAUUAGCAUAGCAGGCUAGGUGAGCCGGCUAGCCCCGGGCCGCGGACGUGCACUGCUUGACCGACGGAGCCGCUGAAUGCAGUGUCAUUCGGGGCUGAGGCCCGGGACCGACUCAGAAGUCAUGUCAUCAAUUUAACGAAUAGUCAUUUAGAUUAUGGAUUAAAAACUACGUCAGUGAGCAGAGAGUGCGAGUCGCUGCCUGAAGGUUUUUUUAAUAACUCGGCAGCUGUGUCUGGAAGCCGGAUAGCUAAAGCUAACUAGCAUCUCGGCUUUGAAAAGCCCGUCGCGCGGACGCUGGCGUCCAACGGAUAACCGUCAGUUUGCUGACUAACUGCUGACCGUUGACUAUUUUAAGGACUCAAGUUUGAUUUUCAGUUGCGCUCAACAUGAACGGCAGCAGAGGCAAACUCGUGGGUUUACUACAGAUACCUGCCACGGGUCAGCUGUGAUGCGUGUUUAAAAGGCAACUUCCGAGGCUGUAGAUACAAGUGCUUGAUCUGCUACGACUACGACCUGUGUGCGUCGUGCUACGAGGGUGGGGCCACCACCACCCGGCACACUACAGAACACCCCAUGCAGUGCAUAUUAACCAGGGUAGAUUUUGAUUUAUAUUACGGCGGGGAGGCGUUCUCAGUGGAACAGCCUCAGUCCUUCACGUGUCCCUACUGUGCGAAAAUGGGCUACACGGAGACAUCCCUGCAGGAGCACGUGACCUCGGAGCACGCGGAGACGUCCACGGAGGUGAUCUGCCCCAUAUGUGCGUCUUUGCCUGGCGGAGACCCCAACCAUGUGACAGACGACUUUGCUGCCCACCUCACGCUCGAACACAGAGCACCUCGCGACCUCGAUGAGUCCAGCGGUGUCCGGCACGUGCGCAGGAUGUUCCACCCAGGCCGGGGGCUGGGGGGUCCUCGUGCACGGAGGUCCAACAUGCACUUCACCAGUAGCUCCACCGGGGUGCUGUCAUCAUCACAGAGUUCCUCAUACUCGCCGAGCAACAGAGAAGCAAUGGACCCCAUAGCAGAACUGCUGUCCCAGCUGUCAGGCGUGCGGCGCUCUGCAGGCGGUCAGAUCAACUCGUCGGGCCCAUCGGCAUCACAGCUGCAGCAGUUGCAGAUGCAGCUGCAGCUGGAGCGGCAGCAGGCUCAGGUGGCGCGGCAGCAGCUGGAGUCCGCGCGCAGUGCCACAAGGCGCGGUAACCCAGGCAACGCCGUGACGCAACCCAACGGCAGUCCCAAUCCUGCACCUCCGCCGCCCCCACCGCCAGACAGCAACCCGCCUACCCUGCACAGCUCGCAGUUCCUGCUCGCCAGGUUGACCGAACCGGAGCUGUUGGAGGCGGAGCGGCAGGCGCUGGAGGCGGAGCGUGCCGACCGCGGCCUCUUCGUGCAGGAGCUGCUGCUCUCCAUGCUGGCGGCCGCUGACAAUGACGGCGGCGGCGACUCGCCCUCCCCCGGCAGCAGGGGGCGCCGCAGCUUUGCCGACUUCGGCGCCAUGGGCUGCGUGGACGUCAUGCCGCUGGACGUGGCUUUGGAGAAGCUGAGCGUGAAGGAGAGGCGCAAAGGAAGCGAGUCGUCCCCUCUUUGACAGGAGGCGCCCUCUGCCUUGCGAUGCCGGGGAAGUCGGCGGCAACUUUGGCUGCCUUUUACAUCCGUUUUAUUAUUAUCAUCAUUAUUAUUAUUAUUAUUUUGGUGAUUGUAAAUUCAGGUCCGUCACCCUUAUUACACUGUGUAUAUACGUCAAAGGGGGAGAGAAUCGGGAAGGAAUAUAUAUAAAUAUAUAUAAAUAUAAAUACAAAGGUAUAGAAGCUGAUAAUCAGUUCUGCGUAGCUAAUUUAUACGUCGAUAGCUGGCCGCGAACAGCUCUGCGGACAGAGACUCCACAUCCCGAGCUGCAGAUGGACCCCGACCACUCUGCACUGAGGCUGCUGUGUGUAUUUAUGAAUACUAACAAAUAAAAAGUGCUUGCAGGGAUUACGGCAACUAAAGCAUGAUGUCAUUUGCAGUGUGCAUGGGGUUUAUUUAACCAUCAGCAAACAAACAAAGCUUAUUUUUUUUUCUUUUAUGUCCCCCAAGCUUUGUUUUGGGGAGAAUUGGAAAAUGAAAAGAAAUGAUGGGAUUUUACUAAAUUUGAGCUGGGAGUCUUGUUUUGGACCUUUGGCAACAUCUAAACAAAUGCUUUUGUUCAAGCUUUACCCCAGCUGGCCUUUUCCGGUUCGUCACAACCCGAGUCUGACCUGGUUGCCUGUUUGGUCACCCCCCCCGAGCCAUGCAGUCAGGAGAGGGGACUGUGGUCUCUAUCUCUCACUCACCCUCCUCCCCCAGUGAAACGGCACACGUCUGCUGAGUGUUUUAUCGGUAUCCUAAUUCCACUCCCUGCUCAUGGCUGCACCUUUGGCUUUCAGAUUUACUCUAUUUUGAGAGCCUUGGGUUGAGCCGCAUUAAACCAUACUGUAAGUUUUGUAGUGAUUUGCCGUUUUUAGUGUGAAGAACCUGGAUUAGACUUCAAAUUCCCAUAUCCGGCACAGUGUGCUCUUCCUCAUCUUCCCCGCCUCUUCUCGCAGCAUCAGGCAUAUGGUUUCCUGUGCUACUAUUCAUAUUCAAGCAAAGGCUCUUUCUCUGGGUACUGAGGGGCUUUUCCAAUCACUGUCCUGUAGGAGGUGCUCUUUAUGUCCAAAGCAGACUGGAAGCCUGUUUGCUGUACUUCUAAUGGUAUGUUUGGCUGUUUUGGCCUGAUGUUGCAUAAUAGGCAAGUCUGGGAAGGUACCAAGACUGUGAUAUGCUGUUUUAGAGGUGGAAAGUUCAGGUCCAGAAAGUACAAAUCCAGACCAAGAUUUUGUUCAAGACAACCAGUUGAGUCCUCUGUGAAUGUGACUCUUUAUACUCGACUGGUGGGUUGAAACAAAAUCUUGGUCUGGAUUUGUAGUUUAUGUACCGGAACUUUCCACCUCUGCUGUUUCAUGUGUAUGAGCUGCGAGUGGCGAUCUUGCAAGGGUAGCUUCAUGCUGUCACAUGUGGGAUAGACCAGACUGUGAUAGAACAGCUAUAUUAAGCUUGCCUUAAAAAUAAACUAUAAUCUCAAAA